AGCUAUCAGUUUCUUUCCGUCUGUUCGAGUGUACAGAUCGCACUUCUAUUAUCAAGCAACAAUGACUGGUCGUGGCAAAGGAGGAAAAGGUCUCGGAAAAGGAGGCGCCAAGCGGCAUCGCAAGGUUCUGCGCGACAACAUUCAGGGCAUUACCAAGCCCGCCAUCCGUCGUCUGGCUCGCCGUGGCGGAGUGAAGCGAAUCUCCGGUCUGAUCUACGAGGAAACACGAGGUGUGCUGAAGGUGUUCCUGGAAAACGUGAUCCGUGAUGCCGUCACAUACACGGAACAUGCCAAGCGUAAGACGGUCACCGCCAUGGAUGUGGUCUACGCUUUGAAGCGACAGGGCCGCACCCUGUACGGAUUCGGAGGUUAAUCAGCAGUCAGUGGAAGAAACAAGAUCAAAAGCUCUUGCAAAACAGCCCUUUUCAGGGCUACAA